AUGGAGGUCGACAGCUCACCUCCGCCCCUCCAGCGACCAACAAACUCCCAGGCCGAUGCGCCAGACUCAUCUUAUAAAGUCAUCAGCUGCCAGGCCUGCCGUACUGGACACGCCAAAUGCGAUGGCCAGGAGCCCGGUGAGUUCCUAUUCUCUUCCAACAUGAAGAAGAAAUGUGACGGCGUCACACCAGCAUGCAACCCAUGUGUCAAACGGAAUCUCGAUUGCCAAUAUGACUAUACCACCCCUCAACCACGCAGACAAACGCUACAAGUAGUUUAUCGGCCCUCUCCCGAUAGCUCUGAACGUCCCUCAAAAUUUCCAAGAUUAUCCAUGCCAAACCGUCGCACCGGCCAGGAACAGCUUGUUAUGGUUGCUAUUCCCCCCCUUCCACGCGCAAACCUUCGCAAGGCACCAUCUCAUAUGUCAGAUGAUAUUUCGGAAAGUGAAGCGGGAGUCGAAGCGCAGGAGGUUUCCGAGCCUACAGCAGACGCGGGCGUGUUACCGAGCUUAGGACCACCGGCCGAGACACACAAGGAAGAGCAGGAGGAUCAGGAAGAGAACCGGAGUGAUUCCGUUGAGUUUAUGGAUAUCGUCGGCCACGGAGAGCUGAACGGCGGCGGGUUAGAUCCAUCUGCGUGGUUGGAUGAGCUCAACGAAGCUAUCUCGCACCGGACAGAUGUAUCAAAACCUGGUUAUAGCAACCAGGCUAAACGCGAGCUUGCCAGACUAGCACAGAUACGGAAGGAUAACCCCGGGCUUGUAAAAGUGCGACCUGACGCAAAGGAUUUAUCACUACCUUCUCGACAGGUUACAGAUCGUCUACUAGCCGCUUAUCUCACCCGUGAAUAUGUCAACCUACCAAUAUUUCACCUUCCUGCAUUUCACACCAAGUAUACCGGGCUAUGGGCAAAUGAAGGCUUUUCGGAUGAUACGGGUAUUUUCCACGGUAUAUUGAACGUUAUGUUUGCAUUGGGCUGUCUCGUGACAGAUCCUAAUAGCCACGUCGAUGCCUCUAUGUAUUUUAUCAGGGCUCAACGUCUUAUUCGACUAGGCUCACUGGAAGGAGAUAGUCUAACAACUAUUCAGGCAUAUAUCAUCGCCAGCCAAUACCUAAUAGCAAUCAACAACUUCCAAUCUGCAUGGAAAUCCAUUGGUGUCGCAAUCCGCGUUGCCGAAACUCUUCGGCUUCACCUUGGCUCUGGAAGCCAGCAUUUUGAAGACAGAGUGGAUAGAGAGCUCGCGAGGAGACUUUGGCAUAGUUGCAUUCUUCUGGAAAGGACAAUUGCUUUAAACCUAGGCACAAAUAUGAUUGUGACUCCACGAUCAUUCCAAGCACCACUUCCAACACCUCUUGAAAAUGAGUACGUGGAUGUAAUUUUUGGAGGGAAGCCACUCGUAGCCUCCGAACGGCCGUCAAUCAUAGAAUUUUUCACAGUCUCGACCCGCCUGAUGGAGAGGUAUGAAGACAUUGUUGCUGUUCAAGAGGAACUCCGCCCUAUUCUACGCCAUCCUCGAAAACUUAUGGAAACGUUUGAAUGCCAGAAUCUUCUAAACGCUGAUAGGCGGUUGUGUAACUGGCUAGCAGCACUACCUCCAUUCCUUGUACCAGGGAGUACCCACGACUCCCUUGACAACCCAGUUGCCAAACGACAGCAUAACAUCCUGCGCAUCAGAUAUCUUAACAUCCGACUCCUCCUCUGGAGGCCACUUCUGGCCCUUGUUGCCGCAUCUCCAGAUCUUAUAACCUCCGAAACCUCUCAAUUUUCUAACAAGCCACACAAUAUACAUGACACCGUCGAAUCACCUCUAAUAUAUAGCAUCGUCUACAAAGGUGCAUGCAAAUGCAUCAUGUCUGCCUGGGAAAUCAUAAACAUUUUAAUAACCAACCGGCAACCUGACGGUAAAAUCGACCACCUAGCCCCCCUACCAGCUUGGUGGGAAAAUAUUGGAUUCGUCUUCACAUGCGCUCUAGUUUUGCUUGCCGCACGACUUUGCCCUGGCGAUCUCCACAAACAGUUACCGGGAGGUAGCAAAUCUAUUGAAGACGCCUGGAAAGGGUGCAUCGAACUACUCAGCGAAUACCGAAGCUUUAACUCCAAGGCUGGAACAUACUUGGUUGCUAUAGAGUCACUAGCUACGAAUGUAGCUGAGAUAGCCAGUGCUAAUAUAGGCGGAACUGGCAGUGAGGACGAGGCAAGUCCUCAGCAGGUUAAUGAUGUUACUUGGCUGGAAACCCUGCCUGGGGAUUUACCAUGCUUAGCAUGA